AUGGAAACUAAGCUCAUUCCGGAAAUCCUACUGGAGUCAAGGGACUUGGGACAACAGCACUUCCCUGUGUGCUUCUGUUUACGACUGGGCAGUCGCUUGCCUCCCACGGCGCUGACCCUGAAGCAGUUCAUGAGAAGGCAACAAGUCCUCCUCCUCUACAGAAAGAUUUUGCGAGCGAUUAGGCAAGUUCCAAGCGAGGCUGACCGAAAGUACCUUCAGGACUGGGCCAGGGAAGAAUUCAAAAGAAACAAAAGUGCCACGGAAGAGGAUAAAAUCCGUAUGAUGAUUACUCAAGGCAAUAUGCAGCUAAAGGAAUUAGAAAGGACAUUGACUUUAGCAAAAUCUUAACUGAAUGGUUUUCAGAUCUCCAUGCGUUUUGCACAGGCUCAA